AUGGAAAGGUCCGGUCUAGGUCAGAACGCAUCUUUCUCGUAUACAGAAUUUAUAUUCCUUCCAUUUCCUGGGGUGACUGUAUACCGCAAGAUCCUCAUUGUCCCAUUUUUCGUGAUCUAUGUCCUGAUCAUGGUCUUUAGUAUCCUGAUUCAGUACACCAUCUGGAAGAACAGAAGACUUCAUGCCCCUAUGUACAUCCUCAUCGGUCUACUCCUUACCAUGAACAUCAUCAGUACUACCACCGUCAUUCCUGAAAUGUUAUUGAGCUUCUUGAGGCAAAACGUGAUUCCUCUCUCCCGCUGCCUGGCGCAAAUGUUCUUUUCCUACUCUUCCCUCAUGUUUAAGUCUAUGGUGUUCGUGUUGAUGGCCUUUGACCGGUUUGUGGCCAUCUGUCACCCCCUGCGAUACUACAAUAUAAUCAACAGAAAGUCUUUGCUCCAGUUGUGGACAGUUGGACUUGCUCGAAAUUGUAUCCUUGUGUCUGUCAUGGUUUUCUUGGCCUCGAGAGCUCAAUUUUGUAAGUCCAACCGUAUUCUGAACUUUGUUUGUGAGUAUGUGGUGCUCCUCAACCUGGCUUGUGGAGAUGUCUCGAAAGCUCAACUGUUUGGUCUCAUGGUGAGGACUGGUGUCACUGUCUCGGACCUCAGCAUAAUCUUGGUCUGUUACUUGAGGGUUCUCCAUACGGCCCUGAAGAUUGCAGGGGGAAGUAAUCGACGUAAAGCCCUGCAUACUUGUGGGACGCAUCUUUUAGUGGCUCUUACUGUCUACUCCUGCGGCCUCCUGACCUCCAUGUUCUACAAUCUGGAGAUGUCCAGUUCACCUGACUCUCAGAACCUUUCUAGUUGCAUUUACUUCUUUUUGCCUGCAGUUGUGAACCCCAUCAUGUACGGUUUAGGUAUGAAUGAAAUAAAAGAUUGUGUAGUAAAGUCCUGGAAAACAUUUAGGAGAUAA